AGAUUCAACCUGUUUUGCAGAUCCAUCUGGAGAGUUUUGCCCAGAGAAGAAAGUGUUGUACAAGUUGAUAUCUGGACUCCAUUCCUCCAUUUCGAUUCACAUAGCUGCUGAUUAUCUCCUUGAUGAAGCUAACAACUUGUGGGGUCAAAAUAUUGAGAUUAUGAAGGACCGGGUGUUAAAAUAUUCAGAUCGUGUGAAGAACCUGUACUUCACUUUUCUUUUUGUCCUUAGAGCUGUGACAAAAGCAGCAGAUUAUUUGGAGCAGGCUGAGUAUGACACUGGCAACCCUUCUGAGGACCUGAAAACACAGUCCUUGGUGAAACAGCUACUCUAUAAUCCAAAGUUACAAGCUGCAUGCCCUCUCCCAUUUGAUGAAGCCAAAUUAUGGCAAGGUCAAAGCGGACCAGAACUGAAGCAGCAGAUUCAGAAACAGUUCAGAAACAUCAGUGCAUUGAUGGAUUGCGUAGGCUGUGAAAAGUGUCGACUCUGGGGAAAGCUUCAGGUUCAUGGCUUGGGCACCGCACUGAAGAUCCUGUUUUCUGUUGAUGGUGAAAACCACGUGGAUCAGCCACUGCAGCUUCAGAGGAAUGAAGUAAUUGCCCUUGUAAAUCUACUCAAUCGGCUAUCAGAAUCCGUUAACUUGGUACAUGAGAUGGGACCCACAGUUGAAAAGAUCAUAGGGGGACAAGUUUCUGCACCCAGUGACCAAAGUAGCAUAUUGCAAACAGUAUGAAAUUUUGUAAUCAGAACAUGGUCAAGAAGGUAGCCUCUAAUGGCCUUGUAGCAAUUUUGGAGGAUACGGAUAGGGACAAGCCAUGCAAGGUAAGGGUAUCUAUAUAUGAGGAAACAGUGGGUGGUGGAAGCUGCUGCUCAGCUCGGGAAGAGUGUAUCUUUUAGGCAGAAUUAAAUUGUACACUGUUGGAUUUGAAGAUACCUUGAAACCAUGUCAAAAAGCAACAGAAUUAUAUUAUAAAUCUACUAAUUUAUUUCAAACCAA